AUGCCUGAAAUAAUGUGUCCCUCCUGUGAUAAAAAGCUUGCAUCAAUCACAGAUUAUAGCCAGCAUCUCGUGAAAACCACCAAUCCCGGCUGUUGUGCCCUCUACCUUUCCUCACGGCGAUUUGCUUCAGACCCACCAGAUGAAGGAGAUUUCUUUGGAACAUACACUGAGGACGAGCUCGCAUGGCCAGGGUCAGAUGUUGAGGGGGAUGUUGGCAGGGCGCAUAUGGAUGAAGAUGACUCAGAUCAUGACAUCAGCGAUCAUGACGAAUGGGAACCUCCUGUAGUGCCAGUACCUGCAUGUAACGAGCACAAUGACGCCUCACACCCACCUACUGCAGAUCAGGGCCAAGAUGCUUGGCAUACGGCUCAGCAGCGACUUCAUGAACAUGAACAGCCUGUCAAAACCAUCAAGCAGCCAAGCAAUGCAACAUACCAUGCACAGCUUAAUGGCGUGAGUGCAGACAACAUCUAUGCUCCAUUUGCCUUGAAGCUUGAUUGGGAUAUGGCUCAAUGGGCAAAAUUACGAGGUUCAAGCUCAACUGCAUUCGAUGAACUUGUCUCUAUUGAGGGUCUUAGUGAAAAGAUUGGUCUUUCCUUCAAGAAUACACGGGAGCUGAACAAGAUCAUUGACAAUGAACUUCCGGGCAUAUCCACUCAGCCAUCUGUCCCCCAUGAUCAGAUUGUUGUCGCCAAUGAAGUGUUUGAUGUCUACUAUUGCGAUAUCAUUGAAUGCAUCAAGGCUCUUUUCAGUGAUCUGAAUUUUGCUGACUUUCUGGUCUUUGUGCCUGAAUGCCACUAUGCCGACAAAGAUGAGAUGAUUCAUUUAUAUCAUGAGAUGCAUACUGGAAAAUGGUGGUGGAAUAGUCAGAAACACCUAGACCGUGAGUGCCCUGGUGCUACAAUAAUUCCCAUCAUUAUUUCAUCAGACAAGACUCAAACAGCAUACCCCAUCUACAUGACUAUUGGAAACAUCCCAAAGGAUAUUCGACAGAAACCGUCAUGCCAGGCACAUGUCCUUCUUGCAUACCUUCCAACAACUCGCCUCGAACAUGUUACCAACAAAGCCGCUCACCGACAGAUGCUCACCAACUUAUAUCACGCUUGUGUGGGACACGUACUUGCUCCACUCGCAGCUGCUGGCAUCGAUGGCAUUAAUAUGCAAUGUGGUGAUGGCACAAUGCAUCAAGGACAUCCCCUGUUCGCAUGCUUUGCAGGAGACUAUCCAGAGCAAGUUUUAGCUACUGGAGUCAAGACAACUCAAUGUCCAAAGUGCAACGUUCCCUCUGACGAGCUUGGUCUUGCAGCUGGUGUUGCAAACUGGCAACCACGAGACCUGGGUGUGGUACUUGAUGCACUCUGUGCUCUUGACAAAGGUGGAUUGGCCUUUGUUUGUGCAUGCAAAGAUGCUGGCAUUAAGCUGAUUGUCCACCCGUUCUGGGAGGGACUACCCUUUGUCAAUAUAUUUGAAUCUGUAACUCCUGACGUUCUGCAUCAACUCUACCAAGGGCUUAUAAAGCAUCUCCUUGCUUGGCUUUCCGAUGCAUCUAACAUGUCUUCGGGUCGACUCCUCCAUGCCGUCCGUGGUCUGCUAGACUUUUUAUACCUUGCUCAGUACCUGUCUCACAGCUCUGAGACACUGAAUAAGUUCGCUCAAAUGACAACUUGGCUUGAAUGGCGGGAGAAAAUAUUACGACACGAGAAAUACAUUCAGUGGAGACUCAUUGGAAAUGACACAUGUCCGCAUCAUCAGCCCCAUCCCCCAGAAAUGACAUUUUGUCAUACUCAAACGAUGAUGAAACAUCCUACCAUCAAGGCAGUCACAUUGGACAAGGUCGUUAACAAAUAUGGCACCACACACUUUAAUGCAUCUCUCGCACAUUAUGUUGCAAAAGUCACACUUCCUGCCAACACUACUGUUAUGGCCAGGCAGCUCGAAGAUCAAGCAUCUGAUAUACACAUCCCAUUUCGAACACUACCAGUCUUUCACAAGGUGAAAUGGCUCUCAGCUGAUGUUCGUGGUCAUGGUGAUCCUCUGGUCACAGUUGAUAGCGUCCAUGCACGUCCUGGACAUUCAGGAACAUUUGUGUCCGACAGUGUUGCACCACGAUUUGAUACUGUGUUUGUUAAUUAUGGUACAGGCGGGUCACUUGGCGUCAAAGGAUAUCGAAUUGUGCAAGUCUGUGUUAUAUUCUCAAUCCCUCCCAAAGCCAUCCCAAAACUUUUCCUGUCCACAUUCUAG